AUGAAUUUUUUGCGAGAAUUAUUCGGGAGUGGUCAAUCAUCACCUCCGACAACAAACAACACAAGCACAGGAGGAGUUCCCGCAUCAUCAUCAUUACCCUCAACAAAUGUUCCCACAACAGAUAACACUGAAAUAAUUUUGGCGACUCGUGAUUCAUCGUCUAGCGGAAUAACAAGACUGUUGUUAUCUCUCUCGGAAACCGGUUUAACCUUGCUGCUGACUUUCUUAUCGAUAAAAUAUUUAUUCAUGCCUUUGUUGUCCAAUUUAUUAGCUAACUCGAGCGGAAAGCAAGGUACAAGUAAUUUGUUGCCAAGAAAAAAGAGAAAAAUUGGCGAGUUGAUAUGUAGGAGCUUUGGUUUAGAGGAACCUAAAAAAGAUGAAGAAACUUUCUACACAACACUCUAUGAAAAGGCUUUAAACAAGUAUGAGAAAAUAGUUUCCGAUUUUUUGGUAUUACCCGAAGAUUUAGAUCAUAAUUUUAGUGAUAUUGGAGGAAUGGAAAAACUGAAAAAGGAAGUUUAUGAGUCUGUAUGCUUUCCACUUAAAUAUCCACAUAUUUAUGAGAAUGCUACUGACUCUACCAGCAUGAAAUUGAGAAGAUUACCAAAAGGUGUUUUGUUUUAUGGUCCACCAGGUACUGGUAAAACAAGUUUAGCCAAAGCCAUUGCAAAAGAAUGCAACUGCGCGUUCCUGAAUGUCAAAAGAGAAUUCUUGUCCGACUUUUUGUACGGUGAGACAGAAAAACUGGUGGCAGCUCUCUUUAGCUUUGCCUCCAAAGUGAAGCCUUGUAUAAUAUUCAUUGAUGAAAUUGAGAGUCUUUUACCUUCAAGACAAACUAGCUUCCAAAUGCAUGAAGUAUCUAAGGCAAGAAUUAGUAUCAUCCUUUCAGCAUGGGAUGGAUUUGAAACUUCAUCAGAGGGUGACCAAGUUAUGGUAAUUGGAGCAACAAAUUUGAAGUCACAGCUUGAUACUGCGGCUUUAAGAAGAAUGCCUCUUCAAUUCAAGAUUGACGCACCAGAUAGAACAAGUAGAAUCCAAAUUUUGAAGCUCUUGUUGAAGAAUGAGAGAGUAUCACCAAAUCUAAACUUUGAAAAGCUAGCAGAUAUUACUAAUCGUUUCAGUGGAAGUGAUCUUACUGAGCUGUGUAAAAAGGCUCUCUCUUUCCCAAUUAAAGAGCUCAUUGAUAGAGAGUUGCAAUCGAAAACUUCCAUGACGAACAUUAUGCCAAGAGAAUUGGUCUAUGAAGACUUUGUUAAGGCAAGAGAAUUCGUAAAUCCAAGCUGCGUGGAAGAAAACGAACAAUUAGACAUGUCUCUUCUUGUCGACUAG